AUGAGUAAUGAAGUAGCUAAAGUUCAAAUAUCUUUUAAGGAUAUAUUUCCCACAUGUCAGGAUAAUUACAAUAUUUCUACAUUUGAGGCGCUGAAAAAGAAUAAACAUUUAUAUCAUACUAAAAUAGAGCCGGCCUGCAAAAAUAUUAGUAGGAAAUUUACUCCUGGUGCAAGGGGAAAUAAUACUUUCCAUACAUCUUGCGACAAACUUGGUUAUUAUUUGUACAAAAUAAAAGGUAAAAAUGAGAAGAAUAGAAAGCACUAUUGUGAAUUUUUUAUCUAUGAACUAAAACGUGAAGUAAAGAAUAAGGUUUAUAAUAUUCCUAAGUUCGUUGAUGUUUACAAUCAAUUGAUGAAUGCAUACAAAGACGCAAAAUUAGAAGAUAUUGAUGUAUGUAACGAAUAUGUAUCAUUAAUGGAUGAUGAACUUUUAUAUCAAAUAUUCGAAAUGUUUGAUAAAUUAUAUAAAAAUUUCAAAUAUUUAAAAAAUGAAAAUCGUGAUAAAGAUAAAAACCUUAAUGAAUGUGUAAAAGUAUAUGACGAAAUUAUUAAAAAAGAUAAAAAAGAGUAUAACAAUUUUGUUCAGAAUGAACUGGAGAAAUUUAAAAGUGAUUUUCAUAAAUAUUUAAGAAAAAUUUCUUACAAUACUGAAGAUAAAUUACUUACUUCUUCCUUGAUGAUAUCACCUGAAAAAAUAAGAGCAGAAAAGAUAUCAGGCAAUAUUGCAUCUCCAGUGACAUGGACAAGCACGAUUGUUUUAUUUUUUGCAAUAUUAAUAAUUAUAUUCAUCGUGUAUAAUUAUACUUCUUUUGGGUCAUACUUUCUGCGAAGGAGAAGAAAGUUAAGAAAUAAGUGGUAUACAAAAAAUAAAAAACAUUACGAAUUAAUGAAUUUAUUUGAAGAGUCACAGAAAAAUAUAAUUCAAAAUAAACACAAUAUAUUAUAUAAACCUGCGGACUAG